UCUUACGACAAUGGCCUGGCACAAGGAGCUGGACUAGAAUCUCACGGUGGCUCUACAUUUUGUGGUAUUGCAUCUCUGUGUUUGAUGGGUAAACUGGAGGAAGCUUUUUCAGAAAAAGAACUGAACAGAAUAAGAAGGUGGUGUAUAAUGAGACAGCAGAAUGGCUACCAUGGACGACCCAACAAACCUGUAGACACUUGCUAUUCCUUUUGGGUGGGAGCAACAUUGAAGCUCUUGAACAUAUUCCAAUAUACAAAUUUUGAGAAAAACCGAAAUUACAUCCUGUCAACUCAAGAUCGCCUUGUUGGGGGAUUUGCUAAGUGGCCAGAUAGCCAUCCAGAUGUUUUACAUGCCUACUUUGGGAUCUGUGGCUUGUCAUUAAUUGGAGAACCUGGUAUCUGCGAAGUUCAUCCUGCCCUGAAUGUAAGCACAAGAACCUCAGAGCGCCUUCACCAGCUUCAUCAGAUCUGGAACAAGGACUCUAAACAGUACGCAGACAACACAGAGUUCUCUACAUGACUGAUUUAGUCUUGAAUUUAGUUCUGGUAGCAUAAUUGUAGCCCAAGGUCAAAAGCCAUGUAUAACCAAUGUGCUCUUGUAAGUGCUGGAGUCGUACAAUCAGAUCUGUGUUGCUGGCAUCAUUCUGAUAGGGAGUUACCUGCAGCAGGUGAUUCUGCAUUGUGAAAAAAGGAAAUAUUUUGAUUGUGUAGAAGUUUGUCACCACAGACUGUAAAUGGCUCCUCAAAUGGCUUCUAAGAAAUCCCUUGAGGCAUUUAAACUUCAUUUUUAUUUUAUUUUUUUAAAUUUGUGCAUACUGUGUCGAAAUAUAUAAUGGGAAAGUAUUUUCAAAAUCUGUUUAUAUAGCAUACAGUAUAGCACAGAACCUUGGAGUUCUUUAUGAUCAUAAUGUUUGACCUAUUUUUGGGUAGAGAAUCGCCCAUAUUAAGUCUCAGUUAAAGAUUACCUUUUACUGUGCUUUCAGAUUCCAUAAACUU